CGAGGCUUCCGGUUCUGGGGCGGGGCUUCCGGCCGUCACGGGAGGCCGGCCCUAAAUCUGAGGCAGCUGCAACUCAGGGACCGCUGGGCGGACCAUGGCGGCGAACCUGAGCCGGAACGGGCCAGCGCUGCAGGAGGCCUACGGGCGGGUGGUCGACGAGAAAUCCCCGACGGACUGGGCUCUCUUUACCUACGAGGGCAACAGCAAUGACAUCCGUGUGGCCGGCACUGGGGGUCUCCUGGCCUGGGCACGGCGCAGCGCUGCUGUCUUCCAGGUUUGUGGGAAGAGGCAAGGGGAAGCAGCCGGCUUAUGGACAGCCUGUGUCCCCGGGCUGCAGCUGGAGGAUGCCACUCUCAUAGCUGGUACAGAGGGUGGCCUAGAGGAGCUGGUGGAGGAGCUUAACAGCGGGAAGGUGAUGUACGCCUUCUGCAGGGUGAAGGACCCCAACUCUGGCCUGCCCAAGUUUGUCCUCAUCAAUUGGACAGGCGAGGGCGUGAAUGAUGUGCGGAAGGGAGCAUGCGCCAACCACGUCAGCACUAUGGCCAACUUCCUCAAGGGGGCCCACGUGACCAUCAACGCGAGGGCUGAGGAGGAUGUGGAGCCUGAGUGCAUCAUGGAGAAGGUGGCCAAGGCCUCUGGGGCCAACUACAGCUUCCAUAGGGAGAGUGGCCGCUUCCAGGACACAGGCCCCCAGGCCCCAGUGGGCUCCGUGUACCAGAAGACCAAUGCCAUGUCCGAGAUCAAGAGGGUUGGCAAGGAUAGCUUUUGGGCCAAAGCCGAGAAGGAGGAAGAGAAUCGGCGGCUGGAGGAGAAGCGCCGGGCUGAGGAGGAGCGGCUGCGGCUGGAGCUGUGCAGUGGGGCAGGGCCCCAGAGGACAUGUGAGCAGCCACAGGAAGUGGCUUCGAGGAACAGAGAGGAGCGGGCCACACACCCACGGGAGAUUUUCAAGCAGAAGGAGAGGGCCAUGUCUACCACCUCUAUCUCCAGCAUGCAACCAGGCAAGCUGAGGAGCCCCUUUCUGCAGAAGCAGCUCACCCAGCCAGAGAUGUCGCUCAGCAGAGAGCCAGCUCCCACCACCACAAGGCCCAGGCCAGAUGUCUGUGAGGAGCCAGUGCCCAGCACCCCUCCAUGUCUGGUGCAGGCAGAAGAGGAAGCCGUGUACGAGGAGCCCCCGGCACCGGAGACCCUCUACGAGGAGCCACCGCUGGUGGAACAGCAAGGUGCUGGCUCUGAGCAUGUUGACCACUACAUGCAGGGCCAGGGGCUCACCGGGCAGGGGCUGUGUGCCCGGGCACUGUACGACUACCAGGCAGCCGACGAUACAGAGAUCUCCUUUGACCCUGAGAACCUCAUCACGGGCAUCGAGGUGAUCGAUGAAGGCUGGUGGCGUGGCUUUGGGCCCGACGGCCACUUUGGCAUGUUCCCUGCCAACUACGUGGAGCUCAUUGAGUGAGGGGAGCCAGUCCCUGUCCCCGCCAUGGGGCUUCCUGAUUUGGGAAGAGGAGGCCUGGAGCUAAAGUGUGGCAUCUUCAGGAGGGGACUCAAGGAGAACAAAGCCUUGGGACGCCCUCUGCCUGGGUGGCUGAGCCUCCAUCACCCAGAAGCAGCAAUAACCCUGUGAUCCCCAGACAAGCUUCCUGCAGCCUCCCAGGCCGCCCACCAGCCUGGCCCUGGGCCCAGGGGGAGACCGAGCCAACCCCACUGUGGCCAUUCCCAGGUGACCCUUGCCAGGGGACAGCAUCCACCACUGAGCUGAGGGGCUCUGAGCAGGGGCAUCUGGAAGUCGCCUUCUUAUUUGCCUUUUUUUUCUUUCUCUCUGGCCUGUACGGGGUGGUGGCUGCAACUGUUAGAAUGACCCUUGGGAACAGUGAACUUAGAGAACUGCCUUUAGCAGGGUGUGUGACCAAAGUCUGAGCGGACUGUGAUUUCUGUGAGCAGAGAGGCAGCCUUGCCGAGCCCGCUCUGCCUCACUCCAUUUCUCUGUUCCUGUGUCUGGGCUGUGGGAAGUGGAGGUGGAAAGACCAGGUUUCUUUCUGGGUGUGUGAAAAAUCAGAAAGACACAACGUGUCCUUCCCUGUGGUUCCAU